UCAAACAAUAAAAAGAGGUCCCGCAGCUCCAAUUAAUAAACCCUAAAACCCUUCCCUCGCCUUUGAUUACUUGCCGUACUUGCGUUAACAUUUCCGGCAGAGAAGAUGGCGGAGAUGGACUUGGACUUCGACGGCCCAAGUAAAGCUUCAACUAGGCCAUCCCGUUUUGCUCCCAAAAGCUCUAAAUUGAAGCCCCAACCCCAACCAGUAACCAAACCCAAACCUGAAACACCGUUAUCAUCUUCUGAUCCUCCUAUUCCGACUAAAAAGGAAGAAUUAUUUUCAAAACCCUCAGUAAAAGAUCAUCCAGCCGAAAACGGAGCCGCAGUGGGUAAAGAUGACGUUCCAUUGGAUGAAAACACUACGGGAGACGACGUGUCAGAAGAAGAACAAGUCGCCAUGGAUACUGAUAGCGUUGACGAUGAAGUUGUUCGUGAAAUUGAUGUGUUUUUUACCCCUUCCUCGGAUCCUAACUCUCAGCUGUAUGUGUUCCAAUAUCCGUUGAGGCCCGUAUGGCGUCCCUAUGAGUUGGAGGAAAGAUGUCAAGAGGUGAGAUUGAGACCUUCAACUGCACAAAUGGAGGUUGAUUUGGCAGUAGAUUUAGAUUCUAAAAACUUUGACCGAGACUCUGUUCAUGCAGUAAAGAUGGAAAAGCAGACUCUUUCUACAUCAUGGAUGCCAUUAUCAACUUGCACCUCUGGAUAUGCUGUUGGGGUCCUCAUUGGUGAUAAGUUACACCUCAAUCCUAUUCAUGCAGUUGUACAGCUCCGACCAUCACAGCAGCAUCUUAAGGAAAGUGAGUUGAAGAAGAACAUUGCCACCAGCAGUGAUGGAAAAACUGUUGAAAACAAAGAAGUCGAGGAAAAAAAGCCUGCGGGUCCAUCAAAGAAGCAGAACAAACCACCUGGGAAUGACAAGGAUAUUGAAGAGCAUUGGGUACAUCUAAAAUACCAUGGAGCUAGGAGUGACAUUUCAGCCAGAUAUCUACAGGAAAUAGCCAUGGCGGAAGGCUCUCCAGUAUCAUUUUCAAUGAGCCCGGUUGAUUAUCUGAACGCUGUGUGUCCUGGCAGACCAACUGACACUGACAGAUUAAAAAUUCUUCGAACAAGGUUGUCUCAAUUACCUCUUGAAGAACGCAUUAGAACUUGGCUUCUUGAGGGGCCUCCAAUUCAUCGUUUUGAUGCUCUAAAGCACCUGGCGCUGGAUGAUCCUGUUGAUGAAAUUUUGAGAGUUCUCCAAAGAUACGCACAAUUAGUUCAAGGAUUAUGGGUUCCAAAAAGUUCAUUAAUCUAUGGAAAGAAUGAUGGACUUGAAGUUUUAGCAAGGAAUUUUAUUCUCUUUGAGUUUAGCAAGAGUACCAUUAUUAAGCAGAAAGUUUUUGCCAGGAGGUUGGAUUUCCUUAAAGCUGCGAAACCAACACUAAAAUCAUUAGCUGUUGAGAGGCCUGACCUGAAUGAUUGGAAGCUCAAAGAGCAUCCUGACAAGAAAUUUGAAGUUCUUUAUGGUGAUGUUGUGAAAGAGCAGCAAGCUACCUGGGAAUGCAUGGGGAAACAGAUCAAUGGUAUUUUGUCCGGAGGAAGAAACAGGCCUGCUAUGAAGAAUCCUUUAAAUCCAAAUGCCAACAUUCCUGCACUGCCAGGUGGUGGUAAACCUGCCCCUGGGUCACUUUUGCGAACAUCUAUGUCAGAAAAAACUCGAGAAGCUUUACCAAAGGCGCUUCAAAAAGUUUUUAGAAUCUAUAAGGCUUGCAGUUUCCAGCAAAUCCGCCAACGUCUGCGAGAUGUGGCAGUUUCUGAGUCUCAAAAGGGAGAUGCAAAGAAGGCUAUAACUGCAGCCAAUUCUGUGAAUGAUGCACCUCCCGAGGAGAUACAGGCAGUGAUUAAUCAGGUUGCUGUAAACAUCCAUGGUGUCUAUGUUUUGAAGUCAUCACCAGAUAAUCCACAAUAUGACGCAUUGAGGAAAGUUGUAAUUGACCUUCUUAUGGCUGAAGGGCCGAGUGCAAAGCUAAAGAAAGCCUCUAUAGUUGAAGCUGCCAAGUUGCAAUUGAAUAGGGAUAUUACCGAUAUUGAGUUUAAAAAGGUUAUGCAGGAAUUAUGUGAAUCAAAAAAUUCAGCAUGGGUUUUGAGAAGUGGUGAUGGCAGUUCAUCAUAGUCUGCGGUUUUUAAUUCAAGUUGUACAGGUCAUCCGAAAUACAUGUUAGUUGUUGGAAAUUCUCAAUGAUGAGAAGCUGAAAAUGGGACGUUUCCCUUUACUCUUAGGGGUCAUUUGGUACGCGGACUAAAUUAUCCCGGAAUUAUAAUCCCAGGACUAAUUUAUACCACAUGAGAGAUGGGAUAAAAUAAUCCCACAUUUGAUGAGAUAAGGUGGGAUAUCCUGGAUUAAGUCUCAACCAAACGAAGUAUAAAUUUAAUCCUACAUCUUAUCCCACCUUAUACCCUAUGCCAAACGACUCCUUAAGAAGUAUAAUUGUUUAGUUUUGUGUUAUACGAUGUCUCAGAGUAUAUGAUUGAGCUGUUGGCGGGAAGCGCUUUGCAUUGCAGCUAUAUGUUGCUCCUCUUCGAGAAGGUUUAGGAGAUAUCACCAUGUCAGAAAGGUGUUGGCCAGGAUGUAGAUCUUCCAUUUAAUCAAACUCUUUCUCACUGUAGUCCAAGUUGGUACUAGUUUUAUGAUCGCCUGCCGCAUUUAUACAAUGAUACAUAGCAAUUACGCUACAGGGCAUUUGUGGCGCUUUUGUGUUGAGAAUAGGAUCUUUCAUCAUGCCUGCUUCAGAUGUUUCUACUUGUUUUCUUAUCACUCACCACUACCAGGGCUAGUAGAUAAAAGAGAUGCAAGUAGAUCUAUGAGCAUCCAUGUUUGUAUGUUACAUGAGCUUCUCUUAAGGGGUAACUCAUGAAAAACAAAAUAUGAAGAGUCACUUAUUUUGAAUAGUAAGACUGCCAAUUUAUCCUGAC